AUGGGGCAAGAAGAACAUUUCCUUAAAUUAUUUAAGGCAGCAGAAAUGGCUGGUUGGUAUAAACCCCCAACUCGUUGCUCCUUCGCGGGGUUUGGUGUUGUACAAGGAUGUGACGGAAAAAAGUUCAAGACAAGAAGUGGUGAUGUUGUUCGUCUUGUUGAUUUAUUAGAUGAGGCUGUUGUUAGGGCAAAAGAAGAAUUAAUCAAAAGAGCUGCAGAAACAGGUGGCGAUUCUGCAUGCGACGGAGAGGAAAUAGAUCGUCGUGCAGAAGUGUUGGGAUAUUCUGCGGUUAAAUAUUUUGAUUUAAAACAAAAUAGAACAACUGAUUAUCAAUUCUCUUAUGAUCGAAUGGAACACUGCGGUGUAUCUGCUGUACGCGUAUGCUCGCAUCUGCGCGAUCUUUAG